CGACGAGGAGCCGGGCGGGCGGCGGGCGCGCUCCCCGCGGCCCCGGGAUGACUUGUCGCGGCUCCCCUCUGGCGCCUUUGCUGCUCUUCUCUCUGCACGGUGUUGCAGCUUCCCUGGAAGUCUCUGAGAGCCCUGGGAGUGUUCAAGUUGCCCGGGGUCAGACAGCAGUCCUGCCCUGUACUUUCACCACCAGCGCCGCCCUCAUUAACCUCAAUGUCAUUUGGAUGGUCAUUCCUCUCUCCAAUGCAAACCAGCCUGAGCAGGUCAUUCUCUAUCAAGGUGGACAGAUGUUUGAUGGUGCCCCCCGAUUCCAUGGUCGGGUAGGAUUUACAGGCACCAUGCCAGCCACCAAUGUCUCCAUCUUCAUUAACAACACUCAGCUGUCAGAUACAGGCACCUACCAGUGUUUGGUUAACAACCUUCCAGAUAGAGGUGGCAGGAAUAUUGGGGUCACUGGUCUCACAGUUUUGGUUCCCCCUUCUGCCCCACACUGCCAAAUCCAAGGGUCACAGGAUAUCGGCAGCGAUGUCAUCCUGCUCUGUAGCUCAGAGGAAGGCAUUCCUCGACCAACUUACCUUUGGGAGAAGUUAGACAAUACCCUCAAACUACCUCCAACAGCGACUCAGGACCAGGUCCAGGGAACAGUCACCAUCCGGAAUAUCAGCGCCUUGUCGUCAGGUUUGUACCAGUGUGUGGCUUCUAACGCCAUUGGGACCAGCACCUGUCUUUUGGAUCUCCAGGUCAUUUCUCCCCAGCCCAGGAGCAUUGGACUAAUAGCUGGAGCCAUUGGCACUGGUGCAGUUAUUAUCAUUUUUUGCAUUGCACUAAUUUUAGGGGCAUUCUUUUACUGGAGAAGCAAAAAUAAAGAGGAGGAGGAAGAAGAAAUUCCUAAUGAAAUAAGAGAGGAUGAUCUUCCACCCAAAUGUUCUUCUUCUGCCAAAGCAUUUCACACGGAGAUAUCCUCCUCGGAGAACAACACACUGACCUCUUCCAAUACCUACAACAGCCGCUACUGGAGCAGCAACCCCAAAGUGCACAGAAACGCGGAGUCGUUCAGCCACUUUGGUGACUUGCGCCAGUCCUUCUCCCUCCACUCGGGCAACGCCAGCAUUCCAGCCAUCUAUGCCAAUGGCAGCCAUCUGGCCCCAGCCCCGCAGAAGACCCUGGUAGUGACAGCCAGCAGAGGGUCAUCACCGCAGGCCGUGUCCAAGAGCAAUGGUUCUGUCAGCAGGAAGGCCCGGCCUCCGCCCGUACCGUCACUGCACACACACUCCUACACCGUCAGCCAAGCCACCCUGGAGCGCAUCGGCGCUGUCCCUGUCAUGGUGCCAGCCCAGAGUCGGGCCGGGUCCCUGGUAUAGGACGCCGGCAGAGGGCAUGUGCAGAAAAAAAGCUAAGGAUGCCCUCAUUCCAGGGGGAGGGUGGGGUGGCAGAGCUGGGAAGGACAAUUUCCUGACAAUGAUUCUAGUAAAAAGCACAAAGGAGGAGGCCGUGCUGUGACCUGGCCACUAAGAUUUGUAAACUGAACUGGAAUGUUCCGGCAUGAAGACAUGUUCCCCCACCCGAGCGGUCUCAGGAUUCCAUUCAGAAAGCUGGAUCUCACAGAUGUGCCAAGCCAAGGAAGGAGGUGUAAGAGCAGAGUAGCACUGAAAACCCAUCUGCAGUCCAGACGGGCUUGUUUUUUUUAAUUCACGCCUAACGUAAUAACUUUUCAAGAGAAUAAAGUGCCACAUGGAGUUUAAAUAAUGAAAUUAUUUAAAAAGAUAGGUGUCUUUAGGAAACAUACUGAGCACCCCUGUGCAUCGUCUGGCCUCUCUCCAUCCCCUCCCGCUGUAUGGGCCAAAUGGCAUAAAUGGCGAGUAUUGGUCUUCACAGGGCUGGCUCUUGUAUCAUAGAAUCAAAACUUUUUAUACCAACAAAAGUCAGUAAGGAAUGGGUGAAAACUAGAAACUUCUUGGAGAAGCCCCGUCAUAUUUAUUUAUUUAUCUCUUCCUGGACCAUGAAUUUCAUAUUUGGAGUACUGCUAUAUUGACAGAUUAUUGCCUAUGUUUUUCUGGGGUCUGUUGUAGGUCAAUGACAAUUACUGUUCCUUAUUUCCUGGGAAAAUAUUUUUAAAAAGAAAACUGUUGUUUUUUUUAAGGAAAAUAAGUGAGAGGCAUUGGGUUAGGAAAGUAAAGACUACUGUUAACACCAUGUUCAUUGAGAAUACGUGGCUUGAACCCGGCAGGAGGCCCUUCAUAAAAGACCUAGGUCAUGCAGGCGCGUGGAGAGGAAUUCCUGGCAGCCUGUCGGCAGGGCCGUCCAGGUCUCCCUGCUGUCACGCCAGGCCGCUCUUAAUGAGGGCAGCACCCCAUGCCUUUGUACUGUGGGAGGUGAAUUUUCCUUGUUUGACAAGUCCAGAUUUCUAGGUUGUUAAAGGGAGGGCAGGAGUUGCUUUGUCUUGUUUUUUUUUUGUUUGUUUCCAUAAUGAUUAGAUUUGCAAAAGAGAUAAGACUGAGACAAAAGGAAUGUCUUCAGAUAGGCUCCUGGGAGGCUCUGCCCUGUACUUGUCACAGCCCAGGGUUGCAAUUUUGCCCAAAUGCGUUUUGCACCACUGUAAAGAGACCCUCUGUGAUCAGUUACCUAGCCUGGAGCCCACCAGGCGAUCCACAGACUCGCCACUGGGUGUGCUCUGUAGAUCUGUCCAUGCUUGUCCCGGUGACAGUCUCGCCUUAAUCACACUUUAAGCAACACACGAAUGGUUUCGUCCCAGAUUUGUUUCCUAAAUUUUUUAUGAUUCUGACCCUGUGAUGCGUUCAGGCCAUCUUUUCUUUCCCCCUUAUUGUCUUUCAUUCUGUCAUCCCACUAUGCUUUUUGCCCUUUUCCUGAAAGAACAGUCAUCACAGGAAGUGGCCUCCUGGUUUUAAGACUUAUUUGAAUAAUGGAAACCAACAGCUGCUGCAUACAUUAUUUUUCCAAGAGGGCUAAGUUCUGAACCUAACCACUGCAACCAUCCCAAUAUUGAUGAAAAGCUGAAUUUACUCUAGCAUUACUUAUAUUUUCCAUUUGAUGGUUCUUGACUUUGUAAAAAUUUAAAUAAAUGAAUGUCUAUACUUUUUAUAAAGAAAAGUGAAAAU